AUGCCUGUUUUGUACUCAUCGCUGCAGCUCAUCGGUUUGGAGGAAUACCACGACCGCCUGGUGGAGAACGGCUUCAACAGCUGGGAGGCUGUAUGCGACAUCAGCGAAAGCGACCUCGCACAGCUGGGCUUCAAGCUCGGUCACCGACGCCGUCUUCAGCGGGCCAUCGCAGGUCAUACGGUGCCUUCCAACCCACAAUCGCUGGACGGGUGUUUUGAAGAUGGCAACAAGUUGGAGCAGUCUGCGGAAUCAGACGUGGAAAGAGGACACAGCCCAAGGGUCAAGAGAAAAUACCAGCGCCGUCCGAAACCUGACCCAGGCGCACCGCUGCGGCCGAAAUCUGGCUAUGUCGUGUUCUCGGAGCACCUGCGGGAGAACCCCGCUGUCAGCGCCCUCAGCUUCGUAGAGAUCGCAAAACUGGCGGGAGAAGCCUGGCGAGCUCUGUCUGCAGGAGGAAGACAGCAUUGGGAGAACCAGUCGGCAACCGCCGUGGAUGCCUACAGGAUGCAGCUCGACGACUAUCAAGCCUCGCCUAGCUAUCGCCAGUAUCAGAAUUAUGUCCUCGACUUUAAGAAGUGGCAUUCCGGCAAAGACGGGCGGGCGCGGAGACCUUUGUGGCCGCCUGGCACAGCUUCGCCGCCACGGAGGGGCCCAAUCUCAGCAGCCUUAGCCAUAGCUUCGAGUAGCCGUAGUAGUACGCUUGUCUCUGACAACCGGAGUAUUAGCGGCGCCUCCCCUGCGGGCAAUGGCACUUGGCAGGCCGUUCAGCUAGCGAUGCAAAGGUUCUCCAACAGCCCCGUACGCCAUACUGAAUUAUACACCCGCCUGUAUGCUAAGCUACCCAACCGCUACCCGCCUAGAGAAGUGGUGUAUGCUGGGAUUACCGCUUUCUUCUCAGCGACCAGCCUCUUCUGGCUCUGGAGCAAGGAGGAAGGCGCGUUCCUCUUUGAGCAAGUCUAUAGCAACAACGCGCCCCCAAACGUGGUGACCGUCGCCGAAGUUUUCGCCAUGGCUGCCACCGGGGCCAAACUAGCUACCGAUCCGCUCCCUCAGCACGUCGUGCAGACCUGCUAUGCCUUGGCCACAAGAGAUCUGGAUGAAUGUGUAGUACAGGAGCCGCUGCGGGCCAUGCGAAUUAUAUUUUGUCUAGCUCUCUUCUCCAUCUGCGACAAGUCCAUGUACGCGCGCUUGGGCGUUGCCGCGGCACUUCAGAUCGCGCGCUGGAAGCUCCUUCCCCAUACAGUGACGUGCCGCGCCCAGGAUGAUUGGGCCAAAGUUUACCGGAGUCUAGUAUUUGUCGAGUGCUGGCUGUCGUCCAGUUUAGGUUGCCCCUCUGACCUGACGACGGAAGAGAUGGAAUACGGCCGUGCGGGUAAAGCCGAGAAUGCAUCAUCAAUAGAUGAGCUAACUUAUGCGCAAGCCAUCAAGAUUGAGGUUCUGGCAACGAGGAUUGCGCGAGGGGCGAAGCGUAGCUCCAGUGACGCUCCGUUUACCGUUGACUCUGCAACCGAAACCGUGGCUGUAGGUAUGGCUCGCCUGGAAGCAUGGCAUCAGGACCUUCCCCCUGUGAUGCGCCUCGCCCACCUCACGCUCGACGGAUCCUCGGUGCUUACCAAGUCUCAGAGAACGCGCUUGUUCAUGGUGCACAUGACCUACCUUGAUUCCAUCAUCCUCCUGCAUCGUCAGUCGAUAGUCUCUGCCGCUAGACGCCGUCUGCAGGCUACUCAGGUGGCCGAGACGUACAAUGAGCAGAACCGGACACACGAGGAUGACCUCAUGUCGGCUGCACGGCACCUCGCGCGCUUCGUGACUCUAAUGGAGGACGGGGAUUGUGUCCCAAGGCGGUGCUGGCAUGUGAUCUACAAAACCUUCUCCGCUUGCACAGUCUUCCUCUUCAACGUCGCCCAAAAGCUCCUCUAUAACGCCGUCGACGACGUGGAAGCCGACCUCGCCUUCGCUCGAAACUGCAUCGCGACGCUCGAGCGGUGCGGCAUGGCGGAGCGCAUCGCGUGCCAGUACCUCCUUGUGCUCAAGCCCGCAUACGACACGCUUAGCGCCAUGUUCGAGGCAUCGCGGUCUCCGUAUGUGAACCCUAAGAGCGGCAUGCUCACGCCUCUGGCGCCGUCGGCCGUGGCGCCGCGCGAUUUGUAUAGGGGCGGGUUGGAUGGCGCGUAUCCGAUAUUUUUGUCGCCACUGCCGCUGCCGCUACCGGUGCCGAUGGCUGUAAAGGUUGGGCCGGAUAGCAUCUGCGAGGAGGUCUUGCCGAUUGCUGAGGCGCUGUCGAUGCUGCUGGAGGAUCCGUUCGGCAGCAAUGAGAAGAACGGGAUGCAAGAACAGCAGGCGCUGGAACCGCAAGUUUAUGCUGUUGCUGACGGGGCCUGUGGCGCGGCAAUCUGGUGGGAGGGGAUCAAGGCGGGUGUGUGA